AUGACAACGCCUCAAUCUGAAAUAAAACGUUAUUUAGUUGAGGAAAAAUAUUUAUCAUUAGAUAAGAGAUUUACUAUAACAGAUGAAUUGGGAAAUAUACUUUAUAAAGGUAAUUCAACAUUCUUUGCAAUAGGUGAUAAACUUUUACUUACUGAUGAAGAUGGAAAUGAAGCUAUUAGAAUUCGUCAACAAAAUUUUCAUACUCGUCUAACAUAUAAAUUAUUUUCUAUUCGUGAUGAUGGUAAUAAACGUCAAAUAGCAUUAAUAAAAAGAAUUGGUCCAUUACGGCAACAGAAAUUAGAAAUUAUUUCUGAUGAUGGUGAAUAUAUAUUACAAAAACAAGGUGGUCUAUCCUCCAAUGAAUUUAAUUUAACAAAAGAUGAUAAUAUUGUAGCAAUUGUAAUAAAAGAUUCUUCACCUACAAAAAGUUUUUAUUGGGUAGAUAUUAUCGAUAACAAUGAAAAUCAUGCUUUUAUAUUAGCUAUGGUAAUUGUCCUUGCAUGUGUACAACGUUCCCCAAGUAGUCAUAUUGUAUUUUGA